UCAAACAGCCAUCAUCCUAUCCCUUCCUACCGGAUUAAAAUCACUAACACUGAUCUCAAAUCAGUGGUAGGGUGAAUUCCAGCCCAAACCGCACAAAGCUUGGCUACCAAUGGUAGCCACACCCCUCUAUUGAAUCAAAUGGGUAGGCCUGUAUGGGGAUUUUGACAGACGUUUGCAGCGACGAGCCUACUACCGACUCAAGACUGCCCUAGCAACCCCGUGGAUGAGCCAACCAUAACCGUGUAAAACUCGAGACUCUGCCGCUACUGGGGACAGGAAACGACAGAGAUCAGAGAGAGCUGCGGAACAGUGUGGCUGGCGGUACAAUACAGCGUUAUAACAAGUCAAACGUCUGGUACUUUCAAGGCACGGUAGCGGGAAUGGAGGAUUUAUGGAAUGACGAUUUGAACACUGGAACAGGUUCGGUGUGAGCGGCAAGCUUUGAUGUUACAGUGGAACACACUAGAUGUAGGCUAAUUUGUAUAAUUGUUUAUGUUACAUUGUGUUGUCACUUUCGUUGGCAAAAUUGACACUUGUAGCUUUCAUUCAAAUUCCUAUUUUAGGAGACUUCAAAUCUGUGUUUGAUGCAUUUAUUGUGAGUUCCCAGAUAUUAAUUAUGACUGAUAAUAUAAGGCUAUCCACUGGAUGAAUUGUCAAAGAACACCACAUUCAACUUGACUCUCUUUGCUACUUUAAUUCGUGCGUCACACAGCUCAAAUCUUGAGUUGGAAGAGAAAUAGAAGUGAUUGAACAGUCUUGUACAAGUUGUUCCAUGAUGGAACAUAAUCAUUCUUCACCGCGAGGAUGAACCACAGAACCAGCCCCGCCAAGGCUUACGAUUUUCUGCUUAAGUUUCUCCUGGUGGGGGACAGCGAUGUGGGAAAGGGGGAGAUACUGGCGAGCCUCCAGGACGGAGCCAGCGAGUCUCCGUAUGGCUACAACAUGGGAAUCGACUACAAGACAACUACGAUACUCUUAGACGGAAGAAGAGUCAAGCUGCAGCUCUGGGACACCUCUGGCCAGGGGCGCUUCUGCACCAUCUUCCGCUCUUACUCCAGAGGAGCGCAGGGUGUGAUCUUGGUCUAUGACAUCACCAACCGAUGGUCGUUUGAUGGUAUUGACAGAUGGAUUAAGGAGAUAGAUGAGCAUGCACCGGGAGUGCCUAAGAUCCUGGUGGGGAACCGGUUACACCUGGCCUACAAACGCCAGGUGACCACAGAGCAGGCCCAGGUGUACGCCGAGAGGUUAGGGGUCACCUUCUUUGAGGUCAGCCCGCUGUGCAACUUUAAUAUCACAGAGUCCUUCACAGAGCUGGCCAGGAUAGUCUUGAUGAGGCAUGGCAUGGAGAGACUCUGGAGGCCUAACAAAGUUUUGAGUCUUCAGGACCUGUGCUGUCGUUCCAUCGUGUCCUGCACCCCUGUCCACCUUGUUGACAAGCUUCCUCUCCCCCUGGCUCUCAAGUCCCACCUCAAGUCUUUCUCCAUGGCCAACGGCCUCAAUGCCCGCAUGAUGCACGGACGGUCCUACUCCGUCACCGCCACUGCUGCCAACACCACCCACAUUGCCACCAAGAGGACCGGAUGCCAGCUGCUGAAAAAGAAAAAACUCUUCCGUCCUCCGCCGCUCAGCCCGGCGGCCGAACAGAGCUGCACUGGCAACAGCUGCAAGAUCUCCUAGCAACCAGUUGAAACAGGAAGAGGAAGUCCUUGGGGAAGGAUGUUGUCAUCACAUGAACAGGAAGUUGGUGUUGAUCACUAGUGCAGCCAAAGAUGGUGGAUAAAUUAAGAUCUCCCACUGAGGCUGUUUACCAUUGAAAAAAAUUGUCACAGUUCCGGUCUGCUUAAGGGGUGGCUCUCCCAUAGGCACCAAUGUAUUAGCAGCUGGUUCAUUGACUGUAAAUGAGCGAGUGAGAUGUCUUCCUUCCUCUUCCGUCUCUGGUGCAGCCAUAGACUUAAAUAGACAUUGCAUCAUUAUUUCUGUCCCAUUAUAAUUUGGUAGGUGCUUACAAGUGUGUAUUAAUACACAUGUGAAUUGGAAAUAUGCUUUUUUUGCAUAUCCCAAUGCACCCCAAGACACCCUCAGAGAGUAGGGUCAUGGCCAGGGUCUGCCAUUAUCAACAAGAACCCUGGAGCAAUUAGGGUUAAGUGCUUUGCUCAAGGGCACAUUGACAGAUUUUUCACCUUGUCAGCUUAUGGAUUAGAACUAGCAACCUUUCAGUUACUGGCCCAAUGCACUAACCACUAAGCCACCUGCCCAUUAUGGAAUCUGUGAGAGCACGGGCAGUGCCAUUUAGGCCAUCUCCAUUAUAAAGUGGUCCAUUUUCUUCUUCUACUACUUCUAUGAGUUGGCAAACAACUGAAAGCGUGCAUACUGCCACUCGAAGUGUGUAGUUUGAACAGGUAUAAAGCCAAGGUUAGUGAUUUACUGCCACCUGCAGUUAUGGAAUGUUUGCUCACGAGUAUAAUUCCUUGGCUGAUACCUCCUGGAUGAAAUGUGAUCCUUCCUUAACCCAUAGGAAGUCCCACCCAGUUGAAUACUUCCAAAUGCUGAAAGUCCUCAAUGGCGCUGCCCAUGCUAAAACAGGCUUUUGGGCACUAGAGUCUUCUAUCUAUUUCUAUGGGUGCAGCUCGUCUAGGGUCACCAAGAGCCAGCUACAUGAGCUUCAAGGGAGCGUUCAACAAGAGGUGACCCCUCACAGCCCCCCCCCAAACCAGGAAGUUUUCACAGGGACUGGAUGUUCUAGGCCUCCAGUCGCACAACAGUCUCUCACAGGCACUUACAGGAGCUCCAUGGUGGGACAAAGAUGGGGAAAGAACAUGUCAUGCUCAGAGAUUUUGGAUUAGCGCAAUGGGUCACUGCCCUUGGACCCAGAAGGAAGUUUUGAUGCCAGAUCAUAUGUGAGCCAUAUGACUAUAUUGUGCACAGACUAUAUUUCAAUUACUUUUUAAAUUAAUUUGGUCAUUUGUAUUUCACCAGCCUGAACUACAAUAUAAUGUAUUUUGUAACAAGAUACUUUCGAAACCUGUAAUUUGUAUUUUCAAAAUACAAAAUACAUUUCUAUAUCAUUUUUUUUAUAGUGGUUCACAAUUUCGUGGCCUCCUUUCACCCUGCAUUGGUAUCAGAAGUCUGAUGGCAGUAUGGUCUGAUAAGAGUGUCUCCUAAAUAACGAAAUGUAAAUGUUAAAACUAGUAUUAUUGGGUGUUAUUCUAAGGAGCUCCGUCCCCGAAACGAGGCCAAUAAUAACAAUAAUAAUAAUACUCAGUGUGCUUUGCAAUUGUUUAUUUUUACAUUUACAUUUUGGUCAUUUAGCAUUCAGUGCAUUCAACUAAGGUAGAUAAACAACCACAUAUCACAUCAAUGGUAAAAGUUUAUUUUUUGUUACAGUUACUGCGAAUGUUGUUGUAGUGAAGGCGUAUACGUGCAAAUGUAUUUUGUAUUUUAGUUUGAUACAUUGGUCUUUAGAGUAUCUUGUAUUUAGAACAAGAAACAUUUUGAUGUAUAUUUUUCCCAUCUCUGAUUGUGCAUAAUAUGUUUCCAGAAAAACGAUGAACAUAUGUACUGUGUAAAAAUAUAGUACUAAAUAGUACUAUUGUGUACAAUAUUUGUGGAUGAUCUGUGGUCCUUUUUGCACAGUUUUCUCACCCACUGCAAUCAAUGAAACAAAGCAUUCAAAUUAGUUUUAAUCCUGUGGUCUAAUUUCACAAUGAAAGAAACAUUACUGGACUGGUCUUAUAAAUGGUAUACUACACACCUCUGCCUUUAAAAAAAAUACUGGACAAAGCCUUUUUAAGAUCUAGCUACUUGUUUUACACAUACUUUUUACAGCAAAAUACUAUUUCUGCCGAAGUCAUCUGGAACUUCAAGUCUGCAAUUCUUUGGAGAAACCAUUUGUGUAAUGAAUUUGUAUGAUAUGUACAGUUAUGGCAAUGUUGUUUGAUGCAAUGUAUUUUUUUCUGUUAUUUGGGUUUGUAUUCAUUUCCAAGUGUACAGUGAUAGAGAUUAUACUAUUUCAGAUAGUGACACCAACACCAAAGACUUAGUAGACUGAGGACGUUACUGAACGAACAAGUGGUUUUGUACAGUAAAUAUCACCACACGGAUUUACAAUAAACUUCACAAACAGGAACUGUCUUCUCUGCUCAGAUAAUAAUAAUUAAAAUACAAAUAAUUGAUAGCAUUUAUAUUACACUUUUCCACAUGCUCAACGCUCUGUAAGGAGGGAAACUCAGCUCAUCUCACUUGAUCAUGUUUUUACCCACAUGUCCCUCAUGAAAACCUGUAAACAAUUGGUGCAUUCCAUGUCACCCACUAGCUUUACUAGAUAGCGCUUUACAAAGAAGGAGGUAUGAGUAUUUUUACAUACUGUAUCUAAUGAAGACCUUUAUGGUCUCAUGGCUGUUUGCAAAUGAGGUGUGACAGGCUCAGCCAUAGAACAAGAACUGUAAAUACAUUGCUUUUAAAAUCGAUCAGAAAUGCUGAGAAAUUGACCCAUGGAAAGCUUUCCUGAUUAUUUUGGUGUUGUCUGUACUCUGGUCUCUUUGGUUAUGUGUUGUUCUUCAAUGAGAGUGUCAACGAGAGGAUCAGCAUUCGGUAAGUCCUCAUCAUAGCAAAGACUCCAUAGAUCCAGAGUUUCAGAAGACCUUUAUUACCGACAUACAGCUCUACCUGGACAGAGACCAGCUCAGUAGUGUUAGUGAAUGGAACCGAUUGGCCCAUUUCAACAACCCCUUUAGUUUCAUGGGUUACAACUACAUAGGUCAUCUCUCUCGCUCUCUCUCUUUGAUUGAGUGUGUGUACGCAUAAUAAAUGUUAUGACAACUUGCUUCGGAAAAAUAUACGAUUUCUAAGUAGCCAAUGUCACUAGGCGAGUGGAUGGCAGCAAUUAGACUUGUUCUUUACGCGCCUCAAACUUGGCAAUAGUGGUUACCUUGAAUAAAUGCAUGUUUAUCCGUAAUGUUGACUAGCAA